AUGGUCCCUUUAGGUUGGGCUGGAGGCACGGUGGGUCUAAUUUUAGCAGCGGCUAUUUCCCUAUAUGCAAACACUCUUAUCGCUCGCCUUCACGAGGUUGGGGGAAAGAGGCAUAUCAGGUACAGAGACUUGGCUGGCCACAUCUAUGGUAAGUUCUCUUUCCAAUCCCAAGACGUAUUUCAUACCAUCACAUUUGAACAUAAUUUAUUAAACUUUCAGCUUUAUUAUGAUAUUAUUCAAAAACGGUUCUGAUCAUCCACCUUCGCCCAAAACAAAAAAUUGCUCCUGUGCAAAUUCCCAAGGUUCUGCAAGGAAAAAAUUGUUGCUGGCUAUAUAAUUACUUGAUUACUAUGCACGUUGCCGUUGAUACAUAAUCUUCAAGGCAAUCACUUACCAGUUGAUUGAUUGAGACCAAUCCAUAACGGUAUAUAAUUGUUCUGGUGCCAAGGGUCUCACUGUUCCUGCACUUUUAGUUUGCCUGUUUCCCUGUCUCUGGUUAUCUGUUCGUAGUAAAAUCAAUUAUAGCUUCCUGUAUCGCGCUCUCGACAUAUUGAAAAGAAAAUACCCCACCACACAUUGGAUAUAUAUCUCCAUUGCCUGUUUUGCAUCUUGAUGUUUUUGAAGAACUUUGUAGUGUUUUAACAAUUUUCAUCAUUGCUUGCCGGGUUGUGUCGAGUGCAGGUAAGAGGAUGCAUUCCAUUACGUGGACACUGCAGUAUGUAAAUCUUUUUAUGAUCAACACUGGAUUAAUUAUCUUGGCUGGACAAGCUUUAAAGGUUUGAUGUAAUUCAUUUCAAACGUGCAUGAUUUAAUUUCCUUUUAAUCUAUUGAUCUUCAUUUUUACGCAGUAAACACAAACAUUCGUCUUUUUUGUGGUACCUUUUUGUCGAUCAGAGUGCCUGCCCUUUCAGUUCGUUCAUCCGCAUAGUUUGGCCGCUUCCAGUUUGUCUGACUUUCCCUCAUUGGUCGAUCCAUCUGUUCAGAUGAAAGACUAUUUGCAUUUCUGGUCACUGUAUAAGCUCUCUUCUUCUCAACUUCUUAACCUAGCAACGAAUGAUCUCCCUUAUGCUGGUGGUCGCCCAUGUAUAUGAUCAAAUUUCUUAGGGAACGGUAAUACUAGAGCCAACAUAUCUCGGAUGAUGUCUGUGGGUGGGCUGGGCUAAUCAAUAUCCUCUACGGAGCAUCAGAGGAUAACUGUGCCGCCUCCAGAUCUCCAAAUGGCCCCGUGGCAAUCGACUUCUUUACCUUGUUCAUUGUUUCCAUCUUGGUCCUCCACCAACUUCUGGGAACUUUCUUCGUGGCGCAGGCAUUGUAUGUUCUCUAUCGCGAUGAUGGAGCCUUGAAGCUUCCGUACUGCAUUGUGAUCGCUGGUGUCGUCUGUGCUCUGUUCGCUUUCGGGAUCCCUUAUUUAUCAGCCCUUGGAAUCUGGCUGGGCUUUUCCACGUUCUUCACUCUCAUCUACAUAAUCGCGGCACUCGUGCUAUCAAUUAAAGACGGUAACCACCAUUCCAGCCCUCGUGUUUUUCUCUUGGUCUGAUCUGAUCACUCCUCAAAUCCACCCCCCCACCCCCCCAACUUCCCGGAAGAGUCCCCUUGGUAUUCCAGCAGCCACAGCAUCUCUUUCUGUUGCAGGAACCAACGCGCCAGGCCGGGACUACGACAUCCCGGGAUCAAAGACGAACAAGAUCUUCGGCACCAUCGGCUCCAUCGCCACCCUCGUCUUCGCCUACAACACGGGCAUGCUGCCGGAGAUACAGGUUCCGCAUGUAGUCCCCUCCAUCUAUGAUCUGUACAUAGUGUGCUCGCUGCGUCUUCACCUACCAUCUGGUUCUUUCACAUGCAGGCCACCCUGAGGCCUCCUGUUAUCAGGAACAUGGAGAAGGCGUUGUGGCUUCAGUUCACUGCCGGCUUGUUGCCUCUGUACGCCGUCGCCUUCACGGGCUACUGGCCAUACGGGUCUUCGACAUCGAGCUAUCUCCUCAACAGCGUCAACGGCCCGGUCUGGGUCUUGACUCUGGCUAACAUCGCCGCAUUUCUUCAAACAAUCGUCUCCCUCCACGUACCUCUCCCGUCCUCUUCAAUCUCCGCCUCGGUUUUUGGAAAUUUAGUCUGCAGCUCAGCACCUUGCUCCGAACUGUACGCAGAUCUUCGCCAGCCCGAUAUACGAGUAUCUGGACACAAGGUACGGGAGGGAUAAGAGCCACGCCUUUUCUUUCCACAGCCUCUGGUUCAGAGUGGCCGUGAGAGGGGGCUACCUGGCUAUAAACACGCUGGUGGCCGCCCUGCUGCCGUUCCUGGGGGACUUCAUGAGCCUCACCGGCGCUCUCAGCACCUUCCCCCUCACCUUCGUCCUGGCCAACCACAUGUAUCUGACGGCGAAGAAGAGCAAGAUCUCGGCUCCGCAACGGGCAUGGCACUGGUUGAACGUCGCCGGUUUGAGCUGCCUGGCCAUCGCCGCCGCGGUGGCGGCCAUCAGAUUCAUCGUUCUCCACUCCGCAACCUACGACGUCUUUGCGGAUCUAUAA